ACCCUCGCUCCAGUCAGAUUGUAUGUCUUAAGUACCUACUUAGUCACCAGCAAGUUACCGUUCCUCACCCUCACCCUCACCCGUCCACCCUCAUCACUCUUGACUUCAUCUCUCGGCUCCCUGGAUUUCAUCCUCACUCUUGAUCCGAUUAUACUCCUGGCGUCGAACCUCCGGAAAUUCAAUAGACUGUCAUCUGAAAUCGAGAGCCUCGGUCCCCAUCCUGAGCACAACAAAUCCUGCAUCAAACUCCCUCGGCCUGCCCUAAGCUAAACUUCCGCGACGUCGCAGACAACUGCUACGUACCUAAUUUGACCGUGUCUCACGUUUUCGGUUGCAACAGGCACUGCUCGUCUGGCCAUACAAUUGACCGUCUACUCUCGAUCAUCUCAAACCUCAACUACGACGCGACUCGGCGGAAUUCAGGACGAUACCAACCCUGACGUCUGACCGGCUCUUCACUCCCUCCUCUCCUGCCCUCGAAGACCUCACGGUCCAGAGAAAAAGAAGGCAGGAUGGGCCUUUCGUAUAAUACAUACCUCAACUCGGCCAAAAUCUAUGCUUGUAAGAAUUGCAAGACCCAUCUCGCCGAUUUUGACGACAUUAUAUCACGCAACUUUCGUGGACAACAUGGCAAAGCCUUCCUAUUCGGAACAGUGGUCAACAUCAAGCAAGCAGAUGCUAUGGAGAGAAACAUGACAACGGGUCGGCACAUUGUUCGUGAUAUCAAAUGCAAGCAAUGCGACGAGACGGUAGGCUGGAAAUACGACAAGGCCUAUGAGGCAAGCGAGAAAUACAAGGAGGGCAAGUUCAUACUCGAAUCUGAACUGCUUUGUCACGUUACUUGACGUGAGCAUGAACAGGCGGUGCCAUCAUCACAGAGCCGGCUUCCGCUCUUGUCGACUCUUCCUUGGCAUCUCAUGGUUCUUUGCUGGAUGUUUGAACAGAAAUGGAAGUCCAUUGUCUCUUUCGAUUAACAGCCGGACGACGAGCUGCUGACUGGAGGGUGUGGCCUGGCGUCAACUUGCUUCAUAGGUGCACCAGCCACCGCAGCGAAAUGGGUUUUUCGGGGGGCAAGCUAGGAUUUCUCUAGUCAGUCGAGAUCGCUCACGGAUUGCAUAUGUCUCGUCAGGAGUUGGCAGGUUUAUUGGUGGGGUCGAAAUGGCUCACGGAAUCAACGGACUAUUUAAGCAUCAAGGAUCGACAAUAUCGAAAUUUCGCCACAAUCUCUCAGUGUGGUCGCCAAAGACACGAGGACAACCUCCUGUAAGACACCGCCACACCCGCAAUCGCACUCGUGUUUGUGUCGGCAAUCAGAUUACUUUUGCCGAUUCUCCAUCUCCUCGACUUGGAGAGUGAUGUCGCGAUGGGGAUGGUGAAGGAGAGCAUGACAACUAAUCUGCAGCGCCGAUUAAAGGGCCAAGUAUUCAGAGCGUGGAUUUAUCCGAAGGGAAGGUGCUCUGUUUGCUGGGUCACGGUUCAAGACAUGUUUACAGAUUACUCUAUGCAUACAAGCAAGGUCAAUAGGCUUCGAGAUCGACUUUGGUUGUGUCCAGUCAUGGCUGCUUUUACACGAUUAGAAUCAUAGCAAUUUCCCUCCACAUCUGGUCGCGGCCAAAAAAUGACUCUCUAUCAGACAUCGGGGACCUGUUCC